AGCGCCUAUAAAAGAAAGGCAUUUGUGAAGCAUUGGGUAGAUCUGAUUCUGCAUCUCGUUCCUUCACUCCUCACUUCACCCACUCCUAAAUAAUUCUCUCUCUUUCUGCAUCAAUGGAGUUCGAUGGCGUUCUCCUCGGCAUGUGCAACCCUCUCCUCGACAUCUCCGCCGUCGUCGACGAACCCUUCUUGCAAAAAUACGGUAUCAAGUUGAACGAUGCGAUUCUCGCCGAGGAUAAGCACAAGCCUAUGUAUGAAGAAUUGGCUAACAGACCUAAUGUGGAGUACAUUGCUGGAGGUGCUACUCAGAAUUCAAUCAGGGUUGCUCAGUGGAUGCUUCAAAUACCUGGUGCCACAAGUUACAUAGGUUGCAUAGGAAAGGACAAAUUUGGGGAGGAGAUGAAGAAGAGUUGUGCACUUGAUGGUGUAAAGGUUCACUAUUAUGAAAUCGAUAGUACACCUACGGGAACUUGUGCUGUUUGUGUGGUUGGUGGUGAAAGGUCACUUGUUGCCAACUUAUCAGCUGCAAAUUGCUACAAGUCUGAGCAUUUGACGAGACCAGAAAAUUGGGCAUUAGUUGAAAAGGCCAAGUAUUUCUACAUUUCUGGCUUUUUCCUUACUGUAUCUCCUGAUUCGAUACAAUUAGUUGCUGAACAUGCAGUCAAGAACAACAAGUUCUUCAUGAUGAACCUUUCUGCUCCCUUUAUCUGUGAGUUCUUCAAGGAUGCACAGGAGAAAUUUUUGCCAUAUAUGGACUACGUUUUUGGAAAUGAGACUGAAGCAAGAACAUUUUCUAAAGUUCAUGGCUGGGAGACUGAUAAUGUCGAGGAAAUAGCUUUGAAGAUUUCCCAGUGGCCAAAGGCAUCAGGAACGCACAAAAGGAUUACCGUUAUCACACAAGGUGCAGAUCCUGUUUGUGUUGCUGAGGAUGGGAAAGUUAAGUUGUACCCUGUUAUACUAUUACCUAAAGAGAAAUUAGUUGACACGAAUGGAGCAGGAGAUGCGUUUGUCGGAGGGUUUCUUUCACAGUUGAUCAAGGGUAAGCCCAUUGAGGAAUGCGUGAGAGCUGGGUGUUAUGCAGCCAAUGUCAUCAUCCAAAGGCCUGGCUGCACGUACCCAGAGAAGCCUGAUUUUCAUUGAGUGAUUCCGUCUUACUGUUAUGAUUUUUUAUCAUUAUUGAGAGCGAUUUUAAUAGCCGCACUCGAACUAGUGUGGGAUUUUUUAAAUCCCCUAGCUAAGGAAAAUAGGGUGAAAGAGUUGCAGGAGAGAAAAAACUUGAAUAAAUUCAUAUAUUUCAAGUUCGAUCAAGGCAUCAAUUCUCAUUUUGUUGUUUGUUGUCACUUCCAUUUUAGUUGUUUUUUAUGAUGUAUUUGUAGUCCUAUCAGGGCACAUGAAUCUUUAUUAUCAUUGUUGUUUGUUGUCCCCGACUUUCUUCUUUUUC